GAUCCAAAGCUUUCAAAUAUAUAAAAGGUAUGUAGAUGACACCUUUAUUAUUUGUAAUAUUGAUUGUAACCUGAAUAAUAUAUUAAAUGUAUUUAAUGAGUGCCAUCCUGCGAUAAAAUUCACACUCGAAAUGGAGAACGAGUCUAGCAUUCAUUUCCUCGAUGUGAACUUAUCAAGAAGGACCGAUGGAACUCUGAAGAGAUCGAUUUAUCGUAGGCUGUUAUGGAAUGGUCAACUGACAAAUUUCUAUAGCUGGGUACCUAUUGGUCGAAAACGAAACCUGGUCCGGUCGCUUGCCACUCGUAUUCGGCGCAUAUGUAGCACUGAUACUGUGGAAGAUGAGUUAUACACUUUGAGGAAAAUCCUAAUGGAAAAUGGAUUUCCACCACGUUUUAUAGAUAAGAAUAUACAUUCAAAGCCUACAAAACGUGACUUAUCAACCGCUCCCAAGAAAAUACUUUACAUGAGCUUAGAAUUCAAAGGGGACUUAGCUUCCGAUAUCAUGAAACGAAGGAUAUCACAGUCCCUGAAAAGAACAUUCCCUGCUGCCUCUCUGAGAAUAGCUUUUACUAGCCGACCAUUAUUGUUCAAUAACCUGAAGGACAAGAUCCCAAUGUUGACCAACUCUAUGUGCGUUUAUCAAUUCACCUGCUCUUGUGGAGCUAGGUAUAUCGGUCGUUCGACUCGAGUUUUGUCCAAGAGGGUGCAAGAACAUUAUCCUGCAUGGCUACGAAAAGGUGGAAGUGGAGCAAUAAGAAGCGCGAUCAUAGAACAUCUGGUCGAAAAUGAUCACCCUAUCUCUAUAGCCUCCGCCUUUAAAGUCAUCUACAAGGCAAAGAGCAAUCUACCUAAAUCCCUACGUACCCGACUCAUCUGUAUUGCUGAAGCUUUGGCUAUCGAAACAGAAAAGCCAGAUCUCUGUGUACAGAAAAAGUUCGUUCAACCCCUCCAACUUUCAUGGUCUUAAUCCCUCUAUGCUAAAAUAUGAUAAUCCCCAAUCAUAUUUUAGCUCUACCAAUUUUUCAUUUUGUCUAUUCAAUUUGUAUACUCUUCCUUAUUAAGUCAAUUGUUAUUAUUACUAUUCUCACUUUGAACUGUCCCCGGUAUUAUUUCACUUGUUCCACUUGUCAUUCUAAAUCAAUUCUUUUUUACAACGAUAAAUUCUAUGCUAUUAAAUUUCACACAAUAUUACGUAACGUUUUUGUUUUAUUCGAUUUGCCUACUAAUCCUAUAAUUGCACAUCCUUUUUCAAGUUCUAUCCCUCCUAUGAAUUAUUCUAUAUAUGACAUUAAUCUGCUUUGCCACUUGACAUUUAACUACGAUUAUAAUCACAAACAUUUUAGUUUUAAUUGAACUUCAUAUGAUUAUUAUUAUUAUUUUAUGCAUUCACACCUAAGAUUCAAUUCCCUCACCGGAUAUAACUUCUGAUAAACCAUAUAUAUACGACUGUACAGCUUGAUGAUAAAUUCGUUGAAAAGAGUCUCUUCGCUGAAUCACUUGUUUUGAUUUUCUA